AUGAAAACGCGGAAGUGAUGUCACAGAUAAGUACCUCUGGAACCGUCUAUCUUCCGCCUACCAACGAAGCGAACAGAGUGUAAAUCGCUCUUUGGGUUUCCCCACAGAAAAUCCACUCCUGACUGUCAACGCCGGCAGAGCCGACGCUGCACUCAGAGGUAAAUUUCUCCGACUUCGACCUGGGAGGAUUACUGUAGCGGUUCUUGAAAUGUGCCCGUUUACUCCCGAGCUCCGAGGGGCCUUGUUUACAUCUCAAUCCCCGGUCUGGAGUGGGUAAGAGGCGGCGGCACAGCGGGAGGGGACGAUGAGGGGGUGGCCAAACUGGUUAGCCUUUACAUUUUCAGAUGCUGUUGUUGUAAUAUUUUUUAAUAUGUUUUGCAAGUAUGUUGUGAGAGCAUCCAGAAAAGUGACUUGUAUAAGUCGUGGGUUUAGCAUGUGGUUACUUUACUGCUGCAUAAAAGUGCCAGCACGCUAGCCAGUGAGCUAAUCCGGCUAACACUUAGUUAGCCAGCCGUCCAGUAGAUCUGGCUUCACUCCCUUUUUAAAAGAGUAGCCUGCGAGAGAAAUUACACGAAAAGCCGAUGCACAGAACCAACCAAUAAUUUUUUUAAAGGUCAGUCUGUAUACAAACUAGUGCCCCCCAUACCCCAUUACGUGUUAUCAAACCUGUGCUGAGUCGCUGUGAUAUAUUAGCCUAGCAAGAUGUGUGUCACCCAGUUUGGUACCUAUUUUUAGCCUGGACCGGGCGGAAUGCUCGCAUUCGUCUAUCGCUAGGCUGGCACCGGAGCCAGACUCACCAUGGACGGCUAACCUUAUUUCAGUCUAGGUGGAUAUUUGCAAAGUCACAUUUAGAUAUCAGUGCCAACAGACGGCUUUGAUCGUGUGUAUUUUGAUCUCAGUGGACGCAAAUCACGUGUCGUAACAAGCCUCAAGGUACGAAGAGACAUCGUAGAGUCAACGUUUGUGAUUAUUAAUGUAAAUGUGUAGGUGGCCCUCAAAGGCAUUGAUUUAUAAGGUUUUAGAAAAUAGGACAAAUCAUGACGGAAAAAAAACACGUGUUGAUGAGGGAAAAUACAACCGUGCAUUAGUCAGGACAGUGAAAAAACAGCUGGUGUUUAUCAGGGGAACCCCAUCCAAACAAGCAACGUCUGCAUAGUGGGGAACGGAGAAGACACAGGGAAGUUCAAGAGUCAAAUGAAAGCACUGACGAUGAAUGAUUGUCCUUUUCUUUUUAAAGAUAUGUCAGGUGUAAGCAUUACACAUAAGUACACUUUUUUUUUUUUAUACUUGGGAAUGAAACAGACGGGAAGAAAAAAAUGAUGUAAAAAAGCAAACCAGACCACCAAGAGAAGAUUUUGCACAAAGUAGUUUUAAAUAUUUGAAAUGGCCUUCAAAUGGUAAUUAUCAGGCUGUGAUUUCAAAAGCACAUUGCAGAAACAUGUUUUGGUUUAUAUAUUACACAGCAAGGAUUCACAGUGAGUGAUAUAUUUGAUUCAGAAAAAACAACAAGAGGGGAUUGUUUACUAGAAAACACAUUUCACUCAUUUACAGGGAAAAAGGCAAAUAGAUAAGACAUACCCGCAGUGAAAGUUCCCCACAGUGACUUCUGGUGUUUUGAUGUCAGACUCUGAGAAAUUUAACUCGUCAAAAUUAAACGAUAAGCCAAUAACCAGUGAUGGCUGCAUUUAUAAUGAUAUUGCCAACCCUUUAAUGUCAAUCUAAAUGUAAAAUUGCAAUGCACUGCUAUUAUAUGAAUGGAGUUAACUUGGUUUUAAUGCCGACGUAGAAAAGGAGCUGUUUGUACCUAAUUUUGUGGUCAGUCUGACUAUUCAGUUUGUCACCAUGUAAACUUGGGAUAUGGUUGGUCUGUUUCCCUCAUCCCUAGAGCUAAAGCAUCUUCGGCUAAUCCUCUGAACUGUGACAUUAAGCCUUAGCCUGUGCCUUGUGUCCACACACGUGUUAAACAGAUCUUCACUGUAACAGGCUAAACAUAUACGAAAUUCGUAAGCAAGGGAUGAUCUAAAACCUGCUUUCAUGAAGUUCAUUUCAAAGCUUGUGGUAGUUAUAAGAAGCAGAAGUGGAGCGACAGAGGAAGAGACGCUGCCACAGAAAAUGAUAGAACCUUAAAGUGGGGAGUGAAAAUUCCUACUUGAAUAAAGAAAGCACAAUUUCAAAUGGUGCGUAUGGUAGGUGUAACUUUGCUGGCUUGGAGAGAAGGAGGGACCUUGUAGAUAAUUCAUGUCCAUUGGAUCAUGGCUAGCUUAUCUUCGAGCCAGCAAAGAAAAAUUAACUGUUUGUCAACAGGUCACCAAGUCAGGAGCUGCUUUCACUGUUAGCGGGACAUCCCAGCUUGCUUUGGGAAGUAUGACGUAAUCUGUCAGCCAAGGUCAACUGCUAAGUAGAAAAAUUUUAGCCAAAUAUUUAGCAACAGCUGUCUAGUGGCUUGUGUAACUCUGCAAUGGAAUAUAUUAUGCAAAUAAAAUAUGUGCGUUACAGUGGUCCGAGUCAACAGGAGAAAAGAAAUGGUCAUGAUAGUUUGUAGAAACCUCCUUCAGUUUACAAGAUCAGCCAGUACUUGGUGCUUUUUUUAUUUCUGCAUUUUCAAAGCACUGUAUUGUGGUUUCUGAGCACCAGCGGCCUAUUUGUCUUUGUCAGUGUCUAAACAUUAUUUGCUAACUAUUUAAGACCCUCUGGGCUUAAGUGGUUUCAGUGUGUAGUUUUAAAAUUAGUCAAGUCCAAAAUUUAUCCCCCCCCCCCCCCCCCCACACACACACACACCUUAGAAGUGAUAUUUAAAUUAUCAAAACUGUUUUAACUCUUUGUGUCUUGUAGUCAAACCAAGGUGAUCUUAUCAGUUAAAGAGACAAUCUGUUUUUUGUUGUUCUUGGAGAAAGACACCCUACACUUCAUCCUGCAUUUCUUUUGUAUGCUUAUGUUUCACACACACGUGUGUGUGUAGAUAGUAUCUUUGCACGAAGAAGAUCUCAUCAUUGUCUGGGUUGGUACAGAUGGCUGCUGUACUUUCAGUCUGUGAAAAUCUUCCUCUUCAGAGCCUGUCACAGUUUCUUGGAACAUUGUUAUACUGCAUGAUGAAUUGAAAAUUCCCUCUCAUCUUCCUUAUUUUUUUACCGGGAAUUUUCUCUUAGCAGUGACUGAGCACAGCCAGCGGCAAACAAUAAGUAUCACUAUCACUGAUAAUUUGUGGCACACCCCCAGCUUGUCCUUAAUCAAAUACAAAGGAGGAUAGAACGAUGCAGGUUACAGUAGAUGUCUCAUACCCUGUGCAUGCUUGCUUCUCUAUUCAGCGUCCUCUGUCACCUGCUGCCAAUGGUAUUCAUUCCCGGUCAGGGAUGCAGGUGUGAUAUGAUCUUUGGCUUCAGAGAGCUUGAAUGAGCAGUUUUCACUCUGUAUUUGUCAGAAUGUUUCAGUACCAAUGUGCUAAAUAUUUGGAGAUGAAGUGAUAAUGAAAUCAUUAGUCGUAGCUCUUGGUGGAACAUAGUAGUCUUGAAACAUGUUUCACACUUCAGUGAACUAUAACAGGCAUUGUUUGGUUAAAUGAACAGUAUGUUUUAAAAUUUAGGGAAUAUCACACAGGAUUCUGGAAAAAAAAACAAAUGCAGUCAGAUCAGAAAGUGAACAGAUUGUUGCUUUUAAUACUCAUGUGCCAAAUUUAGCUCAACAGUUGGCAGGCACAUGCAAUAUAUGAAAUAAUUUGGAAUGAAUAGUAGGAAAUGUUGAAGGCCUUGUUCACUGAUUUUUUUUUCCCCCCUUCUUCCCAAACUUUCUUUCUUCUCUACUGCCCCUCUGCUUUAUCCUUGAUAUACUCAUUCCUCCCUCCUCUCUUCAGUCCUGUUUUUCUUCUUAGAUCCUCCUGUAACCAGCUUUCCAAAUGAGUGACGGGGAGUGUGACUUCUUCUGCUUCUUCCGCUGCUGCUGAGCGCUGUCUACGCGCCGCAGACACACAAGGAAGGCAGCGUGUCUCCAUACACUGAUACAAGCAGGUUUGAAGGGGGUGCAGGGUGACAGGGAGUUGGAGCUUCAAAGAGCCAUUUCAGCCAAUCGGACCACUAGAAUCAGACGGGUAGGCGGGCCGUCUACCUGUCUGGGUGUUUGAUUCAGUCGACUGGAUGUCUGUGGACAUGAACAGCCAGGCGUCGGACAGCAACGAGGAAGACUUUGGGGUGAACUCUGAAGAGGAGGAGGAUGAAGAUGAUGGAGGAGAAGAGGAGGAUCAGGUUGAUAUGGCUGGCUACUAUGAGGGUGUGGCCAGCGACGUGGAGCAACAGGGUGCUGACUCCUUUGACCCCGAGGAGUACCUGUUCACCUGCCUGACCUACAAAGAGAGUCAGAGGGUGCUGACAGAGGAGGUUAACACUGUGGCUGUGGCACUGAAGGUGAGCGAUGUGUGUCUUCAGCUGUUUGGAGACCGAAACAAGAAGAGGCAAGAUUUCUAAGCACAGGAUCUGCAGUAGUUUGUGGUUUAAGAAAAAGUGUUUGUAAAAUGUGUGAAGGGUCACAGUCACGUUCUAGUCUUGGAGACAGGCGCUGUCCCUGAAGGCCACUAUACACUUGUAAUCACUGUGAGUAAGGUAGUUCAAAAGCAUGAUUAUUUUCAAAAAGGUGUUUGGCAAAGUUUAGCAAAAAAAGAGCCACACUGAUGUACCUAAGACUCAGGAAAGUGGAACAAUGAUGUCCACUGAAGUCCAGUGACUCUGUUUCAUCUCCAAAAGUGUCUCUCUUCUCCUUGAGUAAACCAACACUGUGUUUCUCUGAGCUGAAGAUGGCAUGAGAGCAGGAGACUGUUUUCAUCACAUAUCUUUAAAAUUAAUAAUUCGUUGGCUUUAUAACCGCCACUAUGGGAAUAACCAGUUGUGGUUAGGAGAUGAGCACUAUUAUUGCUGAAAAGCUUUGUCAACUGUUUUCAUGUUGUUACAUGGAGGGUAUCGCUACGAGAUGUUUGUGGGUUUUGUAGUAUGUGUCUGAAUAUCUUGUUGUUUAUCUUCUAGUCACUGUCAGUUCAUGUUGAUCUUGAGUAAAACUGGGCAAUUAAAUAUCAAUGAUGGUUUCUGCCUCCUACCAUCAUCAAAACGAAAUAAUUCAGACCGAAACAUUUCUGUGUGCUGAACAGGGCCCCCAAACAGCUCUCACUUCAACUUCUUUCACUGUGAGGGUGAGGGUGAGUGAGAGUCACUGCCAAGGCUUGACUGGCAAUCUGGCAUACCAAGGACUGUCCCCAGUGGGCAGAUGCACUUUAGUGCCUAUAGGCUAUAAUACAUCCUAAUGUUUUAAAAAGUACAAGCAGUCCAUUUGUGCAAUUCUGUGUUGAUGCAGAAGUGGCCAAAUCGUGCCUGGAAAGGACUUUUUCCAGACCGUUAUAGUUUCUGGUUUAAGAAAGACAGAAUCAUCAAAAGCCUGGAUUAGAGCAUAACAAGAUUGUGGGGUGUGAAGAUGGUGGGGAGGCUGUGAAAUGUGUAAAGUAGGGACCUCUGAAUCUUAAUAUGCUACUGCAGUGUCAACCAUAGUGCAGCCCAGUAAAGUGGUUGGCUGUGUGGCCCUGUCAGAUAGAGGAUCAGGAGUGUGUUAAUUAAGUAGAGGGACAAAGUAAGGACAAGAGAGACUGUAGAAAUAACAAGCAGUCAUGAGCUCAUGAUGGCCAUGUUAAACAGAGAGCAUUAUCAGGCUGUUUAGUUGUGUGUUCAGAUUGUUUAAGUGUUAAAAAUGAAUGAGGAAUCUUGUGAAAUAAUUAUGACCCCAACAUCAUUCAGAAUUGUCAUCAAUGUUGUUUAAAUUCCUCGAAUGACUUCUGAAGUAUCACAAGGCCACAGAACUGAGUUGCGUAUACAUUUGCUCCAGAUUAUAUCGUAACUGUUCUAGCUGCUGAGAUUUCCACUGCAGUUUUUGUGCAUGUCAGAACUUGGUGGUGUAAGGUCGUUAGAGUUGACAAUGAUCAGCUUGGAGUUGAUACAGUAUACACUCAAAGCAGGCUAUUGUAACUGCAUUAUCAGCAUGACUGUUCAGGUUGUUCCUAACGCACACAUUGGUAUGAAUGCAUUCAAGUGGGCCUGAUGGAGGUUGAACACCAGUGACCAUUACCUGAUGUCAACUCUGAAAUUACUUUCAUGGAUUACCAUUAGUUGAUUGUCACUUCAUUUCUCGAGAAGAACUUUGCAUGGCAGCGUUGUUAGCCUGCUGUUUGCCCUUACACUCACAGUUGCACAUAUUUACUCCUGGGGUUUGCACAGCAGUUGGACUGUGUUGUGUUUGCAGCUUCUCAUAAUGAAAAACAUUUUCGUCAUUUUAAAGGAUUAGAUUUGUUUACAUUCAGGCUUUUCUCACAUGGAGGUCUAAGAUCCUCCUCUGUUAGCUUGUCCAUAUUUUAUGGUUAUAUAUAGAAUCCUACUCAUAGAUUUAUCCCUCUGCCCUGUCUGAUAUGAACAGUGCGGUAACAGCUCAGAGAAUAUAUUAAGUUUCAAGAAGGUUAAAGUGACUGAAUGACAUGAGUCAGUGCCUGGUUUGUACGAAACACAACAACUAUUAUUGAAAACAUAAUUUUAAAACAUUGAGCUGUUAUAAUAAAAUUUCCCUUAAUGGUGUCUUUUGUCAUAUUUUGAUCUGCAGGUUAUCAGUUAAACACAAAGUACUCAAAUGAAUAGUGCUUGUCAAAAGGGGCAGCAUUUGUAUUGUGUUGUUGAAUAUUAAUGCAGAAACAUAAAAGUCUCUCUCCUUUCUGUCUCGUUCUUCCUCAGGUUUUACCAGCAGUAGCAAAACUGAUUCUGGUGCAUUUUCACUGGCAGGUUUCACAAAUACUGGACAGGUAUGUCUCCCCAUCCCCUCAACAUUUGUGCUUUGUCAUGUUUAGUCUUUCAGGCAUUAUUUUUGAUGAUCUCUUCUGUGGGUCUCAUUUCAGUCUUUGCUCUAUCUGUAGUUUCCUCCUCAGUCAUUUUUUCCACAUGACCUACAUGUUCUUUUUUUUUUUUUUUUUUUUCACCUUCUAUACGUUAUUUAGCGUCAUUCUUUUCUCUUUUUCUCAUCCUCACAUAACCUUUUUUUUCUCUCUCUCUUCCCUACAGAUACAAGUCCAACUCGUCUCUUCUGCUGUCAGAUGCACUUGUUCAGCCCAGUAGCACCUGCAGAUCAGUCACUGUGAGUCAUGAAUGUUAUAUGAACAAAUACUCAUAGAUUUGGGUACAGAAUAUACCUAACCCUUAACCUAAAGUGGAAAAGUUAAAUUCAGUUUUUAGUUUAUCUAAUGAAUUAUUAUUUUUAACUCCAAGUUGAAUGUAUCGUGAUGCUAUUUUCUGUUGGUAUUGGUGGUACAGAUGUCAACUUUCUAAGUAUGAGCUGUGGAGUGAGCAUUCUCACUAGUUCUGUUGUUCAGUUUGUGGCUGAGUACAUGUUCACAUGUGUGUGUUGUUUUUUUUCAGGCCCCUCAGUCCCUCCAGUGUGGUGUGUGUCUACAGGUCGUCCGGAGAGACUCCUUACUGGCAUUACCCUGCCAGCACUCCUUCUGCAAAGCAUGCUGGGAGCAGCACUGCACUGUACUAGUCAAAGAUGGCAUGGGAGUGGGUGAGUAAAGCGUGUACAUGUGGUGUCAUCCAAGCUGGUAUUAGUGGGUGAGUCAGACUUUGUUUAUGGGAGCUGUUCACUGUCGGUGUAUGUAUCUGUAUGUUUAUCCUUGCAUCCCUAUAGUUGUUUGCUCGUGCUCCAUGUGUCUAUUUGGUCUACUCAGACUUAUGGCAGUUUAAGCCUCUGAUCCUUUAGAAAUGUCUUUGGCCCCGUGUGUUCUAUCUUUGUUGGACUAGCUGCGUCAGAAGACUGGAAUAGACCUGCAUCAGCCUUUUAAAAGCACUGUUUUUAAACAAGAGAAAACACCACAUUUGUGUCUGUGUAAAACCCUACAGUGGCUUUGAAGCUAAGGAAGGCGUAAUACGAGACUUCAUCAGCCAGGACCACUCUUGCUUUUGACUAUCAUAGUGUGUACGUGUCUGGGGGAGAAAGUGGGCUUGUGUCAGCAUUAGAGCAGAUUGGUGUGUGGGUGUGUACAUGGAUCAGUUUUUUUUUUUUGUACUGCGUUCUGUAUAUGUGUGGUACUGUGCAUGAAGUGAACCAGACUCUCAGUCCUGAAGUUUGAAGUGUGUGGGAGCUUAAGUGUUUUGUGUGUGUGUACGUGCCCAAGAAUAUCUGUAUGUUGUUAGUCCCUGUGCUACUUUCUCUCUGAUAAAGUCUUUCUUUGUAACCCGGUCCUUCAGAGUGUGAUAAGCAUUUCUCUGUAUCAGUUGUAUGAAGGACAAGCAUAUGAUGACAGAUGACCCCAAUCCAGUUUCUGGGUCACUGUAACACUAGAAACCAGCUGCUUAUACCAAACACUACAGCAGAUAACCUUUUCUCAAUACAAUCUGAGUUCAAGUGAUAGCUGUAGGUUAUUGGCACAUACAGGAGUUGCACUGACUACAAUCUGUCAGCUGUUCGUCGCUCUUGGUAAUGUGUGUGUGUGUGUGUGUGUGUGUGUGUGUGUGUGUGUGUGUGUGUGUGUGUGUGUGUGUGUGUGUGUGUGUGUGUGUGUGUGUGUGUGUGUGUGUGCGUGUGUGCGCGUGUGCGCGCUCGCGUGUGUGCUUUCAGGUAUCUCGUGUAUGGCUCAGGACUGUUCCCUGCAGAUGCCAGAAGAUUUUGUCCUGCCACUGCUGCCAGGAGAGGAGCUGAAGGACAAAUACAGACGCUACCUCUUCAGAGACUACGUUGAGGUGUGUGUGUGUGUGUGUGUGUGUGUGUGUGUGUGUGUGUGUGUGUGUGUGUGUGUGUGUGUGUGUGUGUGUGUGUGUGUGUGUGUGUGUGUUUGUUUGUUUGUUUGUUAGCAUCUGAGCAAACAGAACCAGCACACACACACACAGCCUGGCAGACAGAGUCAGUAGGAAUAACAAAUGAGAUGAAAAAGGAUGUGGAGCAGAGAGAAAUGCAGUGAAGCUUUGUGUAUUGUUUCAACAAGUGAACCUUUAACUGUCCUUCACAAGACAUUAGAUCUGAAUCCUCUCUCUAGUGUCCUAGUGUUCUCCAACCCCGUCACCAUGUGUGUUGGCAGCUGGGCUUCCACCUAAAUCUGUCUCAGUAAUUUAAAUCUCACAUGGAUCUUUUUUGAAAACUUUCCCACCUUUUUAAAAAGAAACUAUUUUUCCUGUUUUUUUUACCCAUGUUUUGAGGUUGAAUUUCUGGUACUGUUAAUAUUUCAAAAAGUUAAAUUUUUAAUUUUAAAGCAGUGACUCCUUUUAGAGGCUUUUUCCCUGUAACUCUAUGUUAGAGAUGCAUAAUAUUGCAUAAAAUUACUGUUAUUGAAUUUCUGUCACUUCUGAUAAAACCAAAUGAUGUGUUGUUGUAUGUCUGUUAAUAAAACCAAUGGAUUGCCACUAUAGGAGUCACAAGUUAAGUCUAGGACAGGAGGACAUUAGUGUUGGUUGUUGGGUAUAAAAAAAGGUGCGUGUGUGUGUGUGUGUAUAUAAAUCUAUUGGAAAUGAACCAAACCAGUAAACUUACAACAGUAAAGAAAAGCUCCAUGAAUCUAAAAGCCUCCAUGUAGGACACAAGGACAGAUCUAUGAUCAUUAUUGUGGUCAUGCAGUUGUUCACUUGGAUGUUCGUUUUGUGGGUUUGAAUCUGUUUCCACAGAGUCACUUCCAGCUGCAGUUGUGUCCCGGUGCAGACUGUCCCAUUGUAAUCAAAGUGCAGGAGCCUCGGGCGCGCCGGGUGCAGUGUAGUCGCUGCAGUGAAGUCUUCUGGUAGGACACAUCAACACAGAAAACCUCAUAAUGAAGCUGUAUUUUUUUGUUUUUGUUGCUGCAUUGUACACAGUUGAUUCUGUACUUUCUGUUUCUUUUUCUCUGUCUCAGUUUCAAAUGCCGUCAGAUGUACCAUGCACCCACAGACUGUGCAACAAUCCGAAAAUGGCUGACCAAAUGUGCAGAUGACUCCGAAACGGCUAACUACAUCAGCGCACACACUAAAGAUGUAUGAGGAUUUACAUGCAUACACAUACAGUCAUACACAUUUGACAGCAUAUUUGUACCAUACUAUGGUUUUGUACACUCACACAACCUUAUAUGAUCUCACAACGGUAUAAAAUUCAAAAUGUGUUUUUGACAAUGAGGUCAUACAAUAUGUUAGUAAUGUUAAUAUUCUUGAUCUCCUCUAGUGUCCUAAGUGCAAUAUUUGCAUUGAGAAGAACGGAGGGUGCAAUCACAUGGUGAGUCAGAGCUGAAUAUCACACUUUCAUAAAGCAAAGGGAGUUCUGACUUUAUAUCCAGAUUCUGGUAUCUGAAUUCCUCAGCUUUGACUGUGUGUGUUUGAUGAAAUUGCUGCAGGGAAGAUAUGUUACCUUUUAUUUUCCUUCAAACAGUGUUAAAGCUCCAUGAGUGGUUUACUUGUGAAGUUAAAUCAAGCACUAAACGGUUGGAUUUGUUGACUCACACAGUCUACCUCAUGUCAGAGUGUGACUCAUAUGCUUGUCUUGUCAAGUUUCUGUUUCCCUCAUCUGAAAUCCUCCUGUGUCUUUGUUUUGUUUCAGCAAUGUUCCAAGUGCAAACACGGUAAGCCAUUUCACACCUCCACUGCGAUCCUGUGAAGCAUAAAUUCAGUUUUCUGUGAGGCACUUUGCACCCACCUGGUGGUACGAUAUGUAACACAGAAGGAAGCUGUCAGCCUUUACUGUGAGAUAAGAAUGGUUGAACUUAUGAAACAUUCUUACCUUAUGUUAAUGCUCAGUUUCAAUCAAAGUUUCUUUUAUCACAAUACAAAGUCUUGGAGACUGAGAAUCACACUGGGAAAUGGAAUCCCAUCAAAAGCAACUUGGAAAUGGGUUCCACAAACCAUGUGCUUCUUUUUGAGUUAAAAGUGAGAAAUGCAGUGAAAGUAAACUGUGAUCAGUUAUCCGUGCCUGUGGAAUAUAUUUCGACCUUUAGCCAGUUAAAAGUGGCUCCAAAAGAGAUUUCACUUGUUGUGAUGUAUAAUCCAUGUCACAGAAAGGCAGCUAAUACUCUGUGUUUUGUGUCUCCUGUCCUUGCAGACUUCUGCUGGAUGUGUCUUGGUGACUGGAAGACCCACGGCAGUGAAUACUAUGAGUGCAGUCGCUACAAAGAAAACCCUGAUAUAGUCAACCAGAGCCAACAGGCUCAGGCCAGAGAGGCCCUCAAGAAAUACCUCUUCUACUUUGAGAGGGUGAGCUUCCUUUACAUUUUCGUAUAGGCAUUUCUGCUUCAAUAACUUUACAUUGAUAUUUAUACAGUGAAGUUAAAAAAAAACCUGAGCUGACAUUUUUGCUUCCUUUCCAAUGGGGGAGUCAGUGUAGAACUUGAAGAACAAAAGCCUUUUACAUAAACCAAAACCAGAGAAAAGCCAAGUUUAGCAGAUUUCCUAGAAUGAAGGGACGUUAUUUCCAGGGAACUUAAUCUUUGACUGGUAAAUAACAACCACCUUUUUUUAUGAGCACAAUCCAGUUUCAAACCCCGGUCCUCAGGGAUGUCAUUCUGUCUAGUUUCUUUAGAAUUCAGGGUUUCAGGAGGUGGCUCACAUCAGUCAUAGAUAAACACAUUCAAACAGUGCAGGUCAUAAGCUGUGAAGGAAGGUACAAUUUUGGACAUUUAUUGUUCCAGUUGCAUCUGAAGAGGCUGAAAACAUCCUUUUACUUUGAAACAGGCAGCAGGAGGCAGUGGUAGCUGUUUGUACAGGCUCUGAUACACUUGAAAAUAGGAUCCAACAUUAGCCUAUCCAGCAGCUUGGCUAGUUAAGUUUGAUCUCUUUCUGUUGGAAAAAAAAAAAAAAAGAUCCCCUGUGUAUUGCAAUUACUUAACUGACUGGCAAAAACUAAACCAAGUCUAAAUCAUGAUGGUUUUUUUUACUAUUUUUGAAAGACAUAAAUCAUAAAGCCAGUUUAAAAAAAUGUGUUGAUCUUCUGUGUUUUUCAGCCUUCAACUAUAGAGGUUAAAGUCUAUUGAUAUAGAUUGAAACAGAAGUUUGAAAAUGCAUUUAAAAAUACCUUUUAACUGAAAUGUCAUUGUAUGUGUUAAAUACACCUGCCUUUUUAUCUUCUGCGAUCAUAUACCUGAGCUCAAGAGCUACUGGAGAAGGAUUUCCUCUGAUGGUAACCUUAACUGGAUUUCAUCUUUUUGGCUUCUUAUCUAACCAGUGGGAGAAUCACAACAAGUCUCUGCAGUUAGAGGCUCAGACAUACCAGAGGAUCCAGGAAAAGAUCCAGGAGAGAGUGAUGAACAACCUGGGAACCUGGAUCGACUGGCAGUACCUACAUAACGCUGCAAAGCUACUGGCUAAGGUACCCACUGCGUGAUCUUGAAUUCUGUCUAUUCUGGCUGCUCGCAUAGCUGUUCGUGAUGUGAUGAGAAGAACAGUGAUUUAAUGCUGACAUGAAGAGCCAAGAGGAAGGGGAAUCACAAAAUGAUAAAUCAGGGAUAUUACUCAGAAAAAUGCUGAGAUUCAUACCAUGAGGCUGCAUUUACGAAUUGGUGACUUGUAAAGUUUGUUGAAAUUGAACUUGGCAAAGAAAUCAUUUUAGGUUUUGUUUUAAGGUCAGGGUCAGAAAGUGAAAGAGAGCAUUAAGCCCGAUGGACUCCUGAUUCGUUACAGAUACUCGUCUCAUUCUCUAACCAAAGGAUUUUAAAAUCCCUCAGUCACUCAAUCAAUCAAUCAGUCAAUCAAUCAUCAAUCAACCUUAUUUUUAUAGUGUGGUUUAAAAAAAGCCAAAUGCCCUGUAAAUGGUGUGUAAGAAUAAGAAUAACUUUACUUUAUCCCCAAAGGGAAAUUCAAUAAAUCAUGGUUUUAUUUUCAUGGUUUGUAAAUUCACUUGUGGAUGUUUUUAAUGUAAUCCCAAAAGAAAAUCUAUAGAAGCAAAGCGGUAAAGUGCUGAUAAUGCCCAUCAGUUAUAAACAAGCCCUUUUGAAAUUUAUCCUGGUUUUCAUUUAUUCUUUCAAGUUUUUAUAAUGUAGCAAAACUUUGUUGACGUGUGUUCUCUCUUUGGUUCCAGUGUCGCUACACACUGCAGUAUACAUACCCAUACGCCUAUUACAUGGAGUCAGGCCCACGGAAGAAACUGGUAAGGAACAAAGUAGUCUCAAAAGCUUACUGCAGAAAACACAUGAAAUAAAAGCAAAGAGCCCCCUCCAUCACUCAUUUGCCCUCUGAACAUUUUUUCUUAUUUUUUUGGUUUUGUUUUGUUUUUAACUUUGAACCCUGCAGUGUUUAUUGUGUCUUUAAUUAUCACUGUUUGUACACUUAACUUUUUCUUUUCUUUAGUUUGAGUACCAGCAGGCCCAGCUGGAAGCAGAGAUAGAAAACCUAUCAUGGAAGGUGGAGCGGGCUGACAGCUAUGAGAGAGGAGUUGUGGGAGGCGAAGGGGAGCUCAGCGCGAGUGACAGAGGGGUACGAACUGUUGUUGAACUUCAAGGACCACUUUUGGAUGACUUAUAAUAUAGUGACAGAUGACAGACAUGAUUGCACUGUCUUAUAGGGUUAUUAGUGGAUGGGUGGACCAAAAGUGCCUCAAAAUCUGUGUAUGAAAUGGGACUGUAUCAUUACUUCUAAAAUGACAGUGAAAUUAUGAACCCCAUGGUUUAUUGUUUGUUGUGGCUGGCAAAGUAGGCUAAAGAUUGUGAAUUGCCAUACAUGCCAAAUACUUAUAAGAACAUGCAACUCUGUGAUCAGCAGGUUGUUCCCCUAGCUUAACCUAAAGCCUUUCUGUAUUAUCCACUUGUUUUUCUCUAUAAAACUUUAAUCUGCAUAGGAAUGAAGCACUGCCAAUGGAUUGAGGGUUAAUCUUAUUGUUGUUUGGAUUGUGUUUGUCUUUAGGAGUCUUCUUCUUUAACAGCAGUGUUGUGUUUUCCAGGAUCUGGAGAAUCAGAUGCACAUUGCUGAGCAGAGGCGACGCACGCUGCUGAAGGAUUUUCACGAUACCUGAGGCUCCAUCGCCAAUGCAAAGCACCAGCAUCUCCCUCCCUUCUUCCUUCCUCACUUCCUUCCUUUCUUCCUACCUUUUGUUUCCUUAUGCGUCCAUCCCUUGAUGCAGUCAUACUGACCCCUUUUUUUUCUUCUCUACACUGCCUCAUUCACUUCUUUCUUUCUGUUUCACCCAUCACUUACUCCCACAAUGCUGCAGGGUCACAGAAUGGCACGAUUGUAUCUCCCCUUCCUUGUUCUCAUCCUUAGCUCAUUUACAGGUUUUGGCUUCACAGCAUUACACUCACUGCAGUUACACUUGUUGCAGCUUUUCUUAUCUGAUCAAAGAGGUUGUGUGCCAGAAAAUAGUUGGUAUGUGGAUAUAAGAUACUUUAUUUCACAUUCAGCUUUAUUACACAAACUUGAGCAGCUAAAGGCAACCUGUUACCUUUUGAAAAAAGUGUAAAAGUCACAGCUGUUUUUCUUUAACAUUAUUUCUAUGACAGCAAAAUAAAACUGCUCUUGAUGGAGAAGCUUUUUUGUAUGGAGAUGAAAUAAAAUUCCUUUAAAGAGAUUUCAGACUGUUGAUCUAUAUUUGGUGGUUUCACAUAGACCUUAAAGGCUAUCUGUCUCUCUAUAGUAGUAGUGGUCCCCUUACAGUUAAUUGCCCAAAAGAAAUGCAAAGGUAAUACUCUGAAACUCAACAUUAUGAUUCAGCUUACUCUCAUUAGCCACAAACAGUGAUUUACAAAUAAUACAUUGAGCACAACAAUAUGGAAAAUUACUCCUGACUAUUUCUUUGUAAAGCUGUUUACAUCAACUUUUGCUAAACUUGAAAUAAUACUUGCUGGAAGAAUGAGAUACUCUUAUUUCAAAGGUAUCUCAAACUUAACUGGAUUAAUAACUUUUGCCACACCAGGUGUGGCUCCACAUGCCAGCUGCAAAUCUGUGGGUUCAUAAAGACAGAGUGCUAUUUCAUACCCAAUAUUCAAGUUAUUAUGGUGUGUUUACUGUGGAAAAAUGGCGACUUUGCAGUACCACUUAGUCCUCGAAAUACUUGAAAAAAAUAUUUUGCUAUAAUGCAUGUUUAUUUACAAAAAUACUACAGAUGGAGAUGAAUGUGUGUUUAAAUGACAACCUUUUAAGAUUUCAUCACCAGUGCUUCACAAUAAACACACCUUCUCCUUCUCUGAGUUUUUGUUCACACCAAGCCUGACCUGCUACAGCCUCUACUGCCAGCAAACAGUUGUCAUUCGUUAUGGUCAAAGUAAAACUAGGAAAUUACUGUAGUUCGAUACGUUUUUCUUCAGAUGGUGUUGCUAUCUGUUUUAAGUCUAAAAAUCUAUUUCUAGCACAACAAUUGAUCAGAUGAUGAAGAUGUUGUAAAGCAGCAAGUGUACACUCAGCCAUCCAUUCACACUACACCACUCAUUGACAUCGACACAGCAUUUGCACGCACAUACCAUGUGCACAUCACUCAAACACUCCACUGCAGAAAAGAAAAACCUUAAAUACACAUUUUUUGUCUUCCCUCAUCUCAUGCUCUCUUUCUUUACAGUCACCCCCUUGCUUUAUUUUGCUCUUUGUUUUUGCUUUUCUCCUAGCUCAAAUUUGUUUACUUUUCUUUUGGAAAAUGGCUGUUGAUAGAUAGAUCAUAUUAAAAAAAAAAAAACUGGGAAAAAAGAAAAAAAAAAGAAAAAAAAUGUUGUAAUUUUCAACGGUUGUACAUUAAUACAGAAAUAGAGUUACUGAGAGUUUUUAAAACCGGA